UUCAGGUUUACUGACUCUAUGGUUUACCACGUGGGUGACGUGACAUUUGAUUCCCGGAAGUAGUUUGGACUUGUUGCCUAACCCACGUGGAUGUGAAAAAAAAAACAAAAAAACAAAAAACAAGAACAGCAUUAAAAUGGGGAAGCGGAGAAAACAGCGGCUGGGAGAAGAGAUCAGCAAUCUAACCAAGAAACAGAAGAAGCAUCUUAAAGAAUUCGGGGAACAGCAUCCAUUUUAUGACCAAGUCUCUACUCGAGAAGGAGCAACUCAGCUUGUUGAGCUGCGUGACAGCUCAGAUGAUGAAUCCAGUCUUGAGAGUGAGGUCGAAAGUGAACCCGAACAGGUGAACAUGUACCAGCAACUGCUGGCAACCUUAAGAAGUGUGUCUGAUGAGGAAGAAGAGGAGGAAGAAGAGGAAGAGAGUGAGGAUGAAGAGGGUUUAGAGGGUGAGAGUGCAGAGUCUGAUGUGGAAGAAAAUGACGAUGUGAAUGAAAAAUCUGCAGCAUCUGGGGAUGAAAGCGCAGGGGAAGAAGACAUAAGUAAUAGCAUAAAGGAUGGUGAGAAUGAUGCAGAAAAGCUGGGAGAUCUGGCCUGUGAGGAUCAGAACGAAUUUACUGAUGUUAAACAUGAAUCAAAAUUCAGUUUGGAGACAAAUUAUAUUGACGAUGAGAAUGAAGAUCAGAAGACUGAAAGUGUUUCCUCAGCAGUUACUUCUGACGAUCCAUUUAAACAGCAUAUCCACACUGAGCUGGAGGAGGAACAAGUUAACCAGAUUACAACAAACGCCAAAACCACUUUACCAAUAAAGUGGCCAACAUUAGGUCAGCUUAUUAUCGCAUCAGCACUUAAGAAGGUUCAGCCAUUGAAGUCUGAGAAAGAAAAUGACUUAAAAAAGCUGCAUCUCCACAAGCCUCUGGAAUCCACAUGGCCCAUAGUGAACAGCACAUUUCUACCAGCAUCAGGUGACCAGAAGUUCUCUGCAUUACAGAGAGAGCUCUUUACAAUCAUGAAUUCCUACAAAGACUUGUUUUAUCCAUCCAGGACAGCAACAAGUCAAGGAGAAGAAAUCAGACAUGUUUACUGUCUUCAUGCUCUAAACCAUGUCCUUAAAGCUAAUUCACAUGUUCUACAAAACAAUACCAAGAAAAGAGAUAAGAAAUCAGGAGCGGAUGAAGAGGACAUAAGAGACCAGGGCCUGACCAGACCCAAGGUACUUAUUGUUGUGCCUUUCCGGGAAUCUGCAUUACGAGUGGCGCAGAUUCUAAUCAGCUUGAUGGAAGUUAGCAAUAAAAAACUAGAAGUCAGUAACAAGAAGAGGUUUAAAGAUGAGUAUGGUUGUGAUCCAGAAGACAAACCCCCAAAUCUGAAGAGGCCAGAAGAUUAUGAAACAGUGUUUGCCGGAAAUAUUGAUGACCAUUUCAGAAUAGGCGUUGCCAUCUUGCAGAAGAGUAUGAGGCUCUAUUCUCCAUUUUACUCUUCUGAUAUUAUCAUAGCCUCUCCUCUUGGACUGCGUACGAUCAUUGGUAGCGAGGGAGAGAAGAAAAGGGAUUUUGAUUUCCUAUCUUCCAUAGAGGUCCUUAUCAUUGAUCAGGCGGAUAUCUACUUAAUGCAGAACUGGGAACAUGUUCUGCACUUGAUGAAUCACCUCAAUCUUCAGCCUUCAGAAUCUCACGGUGUUGAUUUUUCCCGGGUGCGAAUGUGGAACCUUAACAACUGGUCAAAGUACUAUCGGCAAACGUUACUUUUCAGUGCUUUGCAAGAGCCACAGAUUAACUCAAUAUUUAAUAAGCACUGCUUCAACUACUGUGGGCAGGUGACUGUGAGAAAUAUGGCUAUUACAGGUUCUAUUUGUCAAGUGGUGGUGCAGCUUCCUCAUGUGUUCCAGAGAUUGGAAGUGAACAACUUGCUCUCAGUGAUAGAUGCAAGAUUUGACUUCUUCAUCAACAAGAUAUUGCCUCAGUACCGAGAUGCAAUCAUGUCACAUACACUUAUCUACAUUCCUUCGUAUUUUGACUAUGUGAGAAUUCGAAAUUAUUUUAAGAAGGAAGAGCUGAGCUUUGCUCACAUCUGUGAAUACACUGACAAGCCCGGAAUAUCCAGAGCACGGCAGUUCUUUUUGAAAGCAGAAAGACAAUUCCUCCUCGUUACAGAAAGGUUUCAUUUUUAUAAAAGAUACACAUUGAAGGGUAUCAGAAAUCUUAUUUUUUAUGAACUUCCUACAUAUCCUCACUUCUACAGUGAGAUCUGUAAUAUGAUGAAGGUAUCAAACCAAGGACAGCAAGCCACAUGGACAUGCACUAUUCUGUAUUCUAAGUAUGAUGCGCAGAGAUUGGCUGCAGUGGUGGGAGCCGAGAGGACAGCUCAGAUGCUUCAGUCAAAGAAGACUGUUCACCUUUUUGUUACUGGAGAAAAUAAUUUAUACGUAUAGCGGCUCUGGGUAAAGCCCGAUGUACUGUAAUUCCCCCACCUUCACAAUUUUUUUUAUUGUCAUAGAGGAUGUGUAAUACAGAUUUGGAAAAAGUUCAUCAAGCUCACAUAGGUUAAUAGAAUAUUCAGUAAAAGUCCUAAGUAACUAAUCCAUGAUAGACCUAAUCAGGAGAACACAUUAAGACUUGAAAUAAAUGGAGAGAUGCAACAGUG